AUGGGAAGUCAGCGCCCUCCCGAGCCCCCCGGGGAGGAAGAGGAAGAUGAGGAGGAAGACGAGGAGGGGGCGCCCCCCGAUGCUCCUGUUGGGGCUCUGCCCGUGGCCAGCGGCUCCGGCCAGAAGAAGUUCCCGCAGGCCAUCAUCGUCGGCGUGAAGAAGGGCGGGACUCGCGCGCUGCUCGAGUUCCUGCGCGUUCACCCGGACGUGCGAGCCGUCGGGGCCGAGCCGCAUUUCUUCGACCGCUGCUACGAGAAGGGGUUACUCUGGUACAGAAACCUGAUGCCAAGGACCUUGGAAGGACAGAUCACCAUGGAGAAAACACCAAGUUAUUUUGUGACCAAGGAAGCCCCGCGGCGCAUUUACAACAUGUCCAGAGACACCAAGUUGAUCGUGGUGGUUCGCAACCCUGUGACUCGGGCUAUUUCAGACUACACACAGACCCUUUCCAAGAAUCCCACCAUCCCCAGCUUCCAAAACUUGGCCUUCAAGAACCUGAGCCUGGGCCUCAUCGAUACCACCUGGAGUGCAGUGAAGAUCGGCCUUUACGCAAAACAUCUGGACCGCUGGUUGCGCUACUUCCCUCUCUCCAAAUUUCUGUUUGUCAGCGGGGAGAGGUUGGUGAGUGACCCAGCUGGGGAAAUGGGCCGGGUCCAAGACUUCCUGGGCCUCAAGCGCGUGGUGACGGACAAGCAUUUCUACUUCAACGAAACCAAGGGUUUUCCUUGCUUGAAGAAACCGGAAGGGAGCAGCCGGCCACGGUGUUUGGGGAAGUCCAAAGGACGGCCGCACCCCAAAAUCGACCUGCAGGUUGUCCAACGCCUGCAGGAAUUCUACAGGCCCUUCAACUUAAAGUUCUAUCAAAUGACAGGGCAGGACUUUGGGUGGGACUGAGAGAUCUCCUGGCACCAAGGAGGCAGAUGGAGGCAAUGGGAGGCCUUCUCCAAGGUCACAUAUUUCUGCUGGGCAAAGGUGCAUCUGAAAUGC